AUGGAGUCUUCGUCGUCUUUGCCGGCAAAUUCUAAUGUCGCGGGAGAUAACAUAGACCGCCGGCAGCAGCCCCCGGUGGAUGGUGGUAACCAUUCAUCCUCUCUAAAGAGCUACAUAGUAUGGAUCAAGCAGUUCCCACAUGAAAAGGAAUCUCCCCUAACAGAGAUACCAGAGGAUACUCUCAUAUGGGGCCAGAGGGGGAGGCCUUGGCCCCAUGGUGCUCGGCCUGUUAUGUGCAAUGGGUUCUGGAGUGUUUUUGGCAAUCUCACCGGUGACUUUAAUCGCUAUUUCACGUCGAGUGACUCGCUCAAUGAAGACGCCUUCAGAGCAUCCGUGAAUAAGAACAGGCAAGUCCUAUCCUCUACAUCAGAUCUUGCAAUUACUAACAAGGUAUCAUGCAGUCUUUACAUUGUGUACCUCUUCAUUGGGAAGUUUGUCCUUACAUAUGUCUCCAUGCUUUGCUUCCGCAUCAUCAGCCUCCGGGCUUCAGCAGCGCUACGCCUCGAAUAUAUGGAGGCGCUGUUCGCCCAGCCCGUCCGCAAGCUGGACGAGACGUCUGUCGGGACGGUGACCAAUGCUAUCACAGGGUUGUCAAACACGAUUCAGCAGAGUGUAUCUGAUCGCUUGGCAAUCCUAUUCCAGUCCCUGGCGCUCUUGGUGGCUGCGUAUGCUGUGGCCUUUCGGUUUUCGUGGGCAUUGACCUUGGUCGUUAGCUCUGCUAUUCUAUUUGUGCUUUUGGGGUUCAGUAUUACAGUUCCCAUCAUUGUCAAGGCACAGCAAAUGGUGGAUCGCGCCGAUGAAAAGCAAGCCGCUGUUGCAGCAGAGGUCUUCAGCGCGAUCCGAACCGUUCUUGCUCUUGGGGCAGAGGUCCCGCUCUCCCACAAAUACUCAUCCUGGGUGAAAGAGGCUCGUAAACGUGCCGCCAAAAUGUGUCCUGUUACUGGAAUACAUCUGGCCUUGCUUUUCUUCGCUAUGUACUCCAGUUAUGCCUUGGCAUUUUGGUUUGGAUUGAAGCUAUAUCGCGAUGGAAACAUCGCAAACGUCAAUACCGUUAUUGUGUAUGGUCUUUUUCUCCGUUUUGUUAGUGGUUACUGUGCUUGGUGGCAUCGCAUCCCCUCUAAUGGCGAUCACCAAGCUACGAGCGCCUCAGGCCCAUUCUUUGACGUAAUUGAUUCAGAUCGCGUUUCUAUGAACGGGCUCCAAGACCCGGAUGCUUCCAGCCAGGAGGAUAUUUUCUUCGAUGCAGUUACCUUUGCCUAUCCGACUCGUCCUGAUACACAGGUGCUACGGAACUUCACAGCCCAUUUUCAGAGGGGCAGUACGACUGCCCUUGUAGGCCCUUCAGGCUGCGGAAAAAGCACCGUGGUAGCUCUCAUCGAGCGUUGGUAUCAGAUUCGGGGCACAAACCUGUCCGAGGAGAGUCAAACGAGCGAGGGCCGAAUCCUUGUGGGUAAGCAUAAUAUUAACGAUCUGGACAUAAAAUGGUGGAGAUCACAGAUCGGCCUGGUCGAGCAGGAACCUGUUUUAUUCAAUGAAACGGUCUUUACCAAUGUGGCCUUUGGGUUGGUAGGAACUCCAUGGGAGCACGAGCCAGAGUCCGUGAAGAUGGACCUGGUGGUGAACGCAUGCCGUGACGCCUUUGCCAACGAAUUUAUAGACAGACUCCCUCUGGGCUACGAUACGGUGGUCGGCGAGGGUGGUAUCACGUUGAGUGGAGGACAGCGUCAACGCUUAGCCAUCGCUCGAAGCAUUGUCUCCAACCCAUCAAUUCUAAUUCUCGAUGAGGCAACGAGUUCAAUCGAUAUCCGAGGUGAGCAGGUCGUCCAGGCGGCCCUUGAUCGGGUCUCUAAAGACCGAACUACCAUUAUGAUUGCUCACCGGCUUUCCACGGUCAUUCGGGCAGAUCACAUAAUUGUGAUCAAGGAUGGCUCGAAAGCGGAGGAGGGCACGCAUCAGGAAUUGAUGGACCAUGGUGGAGUGUACUAUAGCCUCGUACAUGCGCAGCAACUGGAGAUUGUGUCCCCGGAUGCUGCAACAAUCGAAGAGCAUUCCUACACUCUCCCUCAGGAGACCAAAGUUGAAGUUUACGCAGCUGACGAUUGCGAAGUUGCUGAGAAUGAGGAGGUUAUCAAGAAAAAGGGGGAGCCAGGCGCAUUCCGUACCCUAUGGCAUAUCAUACGCGAGCAAAAAGCGCACUGGCUAGUAUUCGCUCUGACCAUCAUCGGAACAAUGGGUGCUGGCUCGGCCUUUGCGUUCCAGAGCUGGCUGUUUGCAAAGCUCGUUCAGGUCUUUCAAUUUACUGGCAACAAAUUGAUAGAAGCGGCGAACUUUUGGUCUCUAAUGUUUUUUGUUCUUGCCCUCGCGAUGGGCGCAUUCUACUUCGAUUUAGGCUAUGCUUCCACAUCUAUGUCAGUUCAUAUUGCGGCAAACUAUCGCGAAGACUACUUUCAGAGCAUCCUACACAAGCCCGUAUCAUAUUAUGACCAGCAAGAAAAUUCCUCCGGUACCCUCAUGGGCAGGCUGUCAACAGACCCAAAACAGCUCCAAGAGCUGUUUGGCGUUAAUGGCAUUUUCCCACUAAUCUCGAUCUUUAGUCUCAUAGGAUGCGUUGCUAUCUCGUUCAGCUUCGGCUGGAAAUUAGCUGCAGUAGCCUUUUUCGCUGCUUUGCCCUUCAUUUUGCUGGCUUCAUAUUUUCGCAUCCAAUAUGAAGUACAAUUUGAGCGCAUGAAUGCAGAGGUCUACGCCGAAAGCUCCAAGUUCGCCACAGAGGCCAUUCGUGCCUUUCGAACGGUUACUGCACUCACGAUGGAACACACCAUCCUGCAACGAUACACUAAUCUGCUGUCGCAACAAAGAGUCAAGGCUAUUCGCAAGGCAUGGCUUGCGACGGUGGUGGUUGCAUUCUCCGAUAGCAUCGACCUUUGCGCUAUGGCGCUCACCUUCUGGUACGGUGGGCAGCUCCUUGCCUCUCGAGAAUAUGACCCAGUGGCAUUUUUCGUGGUCUAUAUCGCCAUUAUCCAAGGGGGCCAGUCCGCAGGUCAGUUUCUUAGCUUUGGUCCUAAUAUGGCACAGACGACAGCAUCUGCACGCCGCAUACUGGGGACCAGAUCUAGCCUGAUGAAUUGGACAAUGAUCGGAUUCGGUGUCUACAAUCGAUACCUGUAUCCCUCUCGGGGUGGCCCUGUCUUUACAGGCAUGAAUUUCAGCAUUCACAGUGGCCAGUAUGUGGCGAUUGUUGGGCCAUCAGGAUGUGGCAAAUCCACCAUUGUCUCUCUUCUGGAGCGGUUUUAUGACCCUACAAAGGGGGGCAUAGAGUUUGCAGGGCGGGAUAUCCGAUCCUACCCACUUGCUUCCUAUCGCGGAGCGUUAUCUCUAGUCUCUCAAGAGCCCAAGCUAUUUGAAGGGACCAUUCGCGAAAACCUUCUCCUGGGUCUUGAACCGGGGGAUGAUGGGGAGUUUCCAGCAUCGAUAGAAGCCCGGAUGAUAGAAGCGUGCAAAGAUGCUGAACUUCACGACUUUAUCAUCUCUCUUCCCGAGGCUACUCCACGUCCCUGGGAAUUAAUGCGCAGUUAUCCCUGA